GGAUAUAUAAUCCGUCUUAAGAACGUGACGUGUUUUUUUGUUUUUAAUCUAUUUUUGACAUUGUUGGUAGUUUUGAAUGUAAAAAAUCUAUAUUUUAAAUCGACUGUGUAUCGAAAAGUAUUAAAUUGAAGAUCGCCAGCGCCGUCCUUCUCUGACAGGUGACAACAAACAUGGCGAACAGAAGAGUAACAGUGCUCAUAUUCGGAGGUUUUGUGACUGCGGUAGCAGCGGCUUUUUAUCCAAUAUUUUUCCAUCCACUUACUCACACAAAUGAUUACAAACAAAUCCAGAAAGUUAACCGAGCUGGAAUCAAUCAGGCAGAUGUCCAACCUGUUGGAGUGAAGAUCUGGUCAGAUCCAUUUAAACCCAAAUCGUGAUUCUGAAGAUGGACAGGAGAGCAGCUUCAUGAGCAUGUGUAUGGAUUAUAGGUGUUUAACAAUGACUUAAUAUACACAGACUGGUCCAUCCAAACGCUCCUCUUGCAAGUCUGUGUGUGUGUGUCUUGUGUGUGUGUCUUUGUGUGUGUGUCUUUGUGUGUGUGUCUUUGUGUCUUUGUGUGUGUGUUUGUGUGUGUGUGUGUGUGUGUGUGUGUGAGAGAGAGAGAGAGAGAGAGAGAGAGAGAGAGAGAGAAAACAAGUGAAAGAAACCUUAUGCUGUCAGACUGUCACUACUUUGAAAUUUUAUUCUAUGAAUAAAGUUUAUAAGAAAGUGUUUGCAAAUGA